AUGGGGAUGGGGAUGGGGAUGGGGAUGGGGAUGGGGAUGGGGAUGGCUGUUUUGUUUUAUCUUGCGGUUUUCUUCUUCUUCUUUGGUUUCUCUUUCCGGCGGGGGUUUUUUGUGGUGUAUAUAUUUUUUUCUUUUUUCUCUCUAUGGGACGGCGUUUUCUGGUUUUGGCUUUGGCUUUGGCUUUUGGUUUUGGCUUUUGGCUUUUGGUUUUGGCUGGGGGGGCUGGUCUGCUCUCUGUUUCUCUGUCCGGUGGUUGGUUCCUGCUUCAUUUGCGGGCCUUUCUUGUCUGGAUGUCUGGACACUUGGUUUAUUUGCUUCUUCUUUCUUCUCAUUGAUACUACUUAUAAAGUGGACUAGGCGUUUUGUUUUUUGUUUUUAUUACUGAGGGGUUGCAACAUGGGAAGGCCCAAGGGGGAGAGGGGGGAGAAAGGGCGGGGGGGAAGGGAUGGAUGGGUUGGAUCGGAUGGAUGUGAUGGGAGCGAGAGGCGUUUCUUGAAUUGUGGAUUGUGGAUUGUGGAUU